ACAGGCAAAAAACUAGCAGAAGGGAAAAAUACCGCUCGAUUUGUUGGCUCACUACUCACUUGCGGCUCUUCUUCUCGCUCUGAUUCGAGCUUGUUUUCAUAUUCGUGCCGUCCAAAACACGGGGGGCAGCAAUGGAGGAGACUUCGAGACACGAAGAAGAACAAUUGAAGAAUGGAGACACCGAUAGUCCGAGUGAGCGGUCUUUUCUUUUGCCAACUGCAUUGGUGGUGCGUUCACUCUCGUCUGAAAGUCAGUAUGCGAGCCUAGGAGGCCCCGCCACGCCCUCCUGCUCUCCAGCGGCGGCUGACAAGGAGUCAACGAGACUGCGGAAGCGACCGAGGAAAUUGCAAGGGGCCUUCCAGGAGGCCGGGCUGGCGGCCGGAGUGCUCGGGGUGCUCGCGGUGGCUUUCUUCUCGUACACCACCUUGCUCCUUCUGAUUCGGGCCAAGCGCUUCUUGUCGGGGGGUCCGCCCGCGCUGGAGGCAAGAGAAAGGAUGGGUAGGGAGGAUAAGAGGAAAGAUGCGGGAGUGGAGGCCGUGGCGGGCGAGAAAGGAGGAAACGGGCUCUCGGAAGCGGCGUCGGCGGCUGUAACAGUCCUAUCGUCCGUGCAGGACCAGGCAGGAGCGGGGCCUGCGGACCUGCAGCUGAGCUAUGCGGAGGUGGCAGCCCUCGCCCUCGGGGCCCCGGCCUCCCUCCUCGUCAAGACGGCCACCUGUGUUUCUUGUCUGGGCGCCUGUGCCGCCUACAUCACUUUCGUUGCCGGGAUGCUGCUUCAGCUCUUUCCGGCAUGGAGCGAGAGGGGAAUCCUCUUGGCCCUUCUGCCGCCCUUCGUCCUCCUCUCCUGGGUCCGCGGCUUCCGGCGCCUCUCCUUUUUGAAUGUGCUGGGAAAUGCCUCGCUCGUUCUGGGCAUUAUUGCCAUCUUCCUCGACGGUUUUUCUCGCCUCGUAGCUCCCUCCUCCUCCACUUUUCCCCCCGUCUCGUCCUCCUUGUCCUCCGCUCCUAAGCCUCCCACCCCUACGGCCCUGUCUCCCGCUCCCUCCUCGCCCUCGUUUUCCCUCUCCACCCGCGGUAUCCACCUUGUACGACCCCAAACCCUCCUCCUCUUUUUUGGGCCCACCGCCUUUCUUUUCGUUGUCCACUACUCGCCGCGACCAAGGGAGUUCGAGCACGCACACGACCUCAUGGCUGUGUUCGUCGACUUGCUCCCUCUCCCCGAAACCCAAACUCUUCCAUCCCUCCCCUUCCUCCCUUCCGCGCUUUCAGGCGCUCUACCAAUCGAAUCCGAGGCGAAACGUCCCGAAGACUUCAAGCGAGCCCUAGGACUCUCCAUGAGCCUCACAGCUGCCCUGGACGUGGCUAUCGGAGCGGCUGGCUACAUCUUCUAUGGGGGACUGUCCCCCUUGGUGAGGGACCAGGCAGGGCAAGUGGUACCCGGAUGUGAGCGACCCGUGUGCGAUAACGUCCUCAAAAACAUCAGCCCCGGACCCCUCAAAACUAUCAUCUUCGCCGCGUUUUCUAUCAAUCUGACGUUGACCUACGUCAUCAUGCUGGCCCCGCCUCGGGAGUACGUGGAAGAGGCGAUGGUCCGAGGCGACAGUAUAAUUUCAAGCAAAUGGCAGCGAAAUAUAUGGCGUUCAGUCCUCGUCAUCUUCACCUUCAUGGUCGCUUCCUCUGUCCAUCAGUUUGGCCUUAUCACUGCCUUUGUAGGGGCAAUCACGGACACUCUGCAAGGCUUUGUGCUCCCACCCUUGAUUUAUGCUGCCACCUUUGCCGUUUGGAUGCCAAAGGCAGAGAAGGCGCUAAUGAUUACCAUGAGUACGCUUGGUAUCGUGUUGAUGCUGACCGCCACGUAUCAGAAUAUGAGGGAGUUGGAGAACUUGGUCCUCAGGUAGUCGAUUGAUAACAAAGUGAAUCUGUGCAUAUUCAAAGUAAAUCAAGAAAUUCAGGAAUGUUCUUUUCCUAGUUGCUCAGAAAGGAAU